AUGAACCGUCGCUUAGGCCAGCCAGCAAUCAACAUCUACACUGAUCGAGAUUCUGGUGAGGAGUUCCAGGGGUGGAAGCUGAACGUGUCCAUGGCUAAGAGGAAGAACCCACAAGGUUUCAUGGGUCGAGGUGGUGAGAGAGGAGGAUCUUCUCGCAUGCCUUAUAGAGGUCCACCAAAGAGAGUCGGAGACUGGGACUGUGAAAACCCUGGCUGCUGUAACAUAAACUUUGCAUGGAGGAGCAGCUGUAACAAAUGCAAAGCUCCCAGGUCAGAGAAGAUGCGCCCCCUUCUAGGCGGUAUGCAUGGAGGCUGGGGAGGUGAACCCGGAGGUUUCAGAGGAGGUAGCCAAGACGGCCCGUCCAUGGAACAGAGAACAAGACGAGGAAUGGGACCAGGAAAGAUGUACAUGAGGUACACCUACGCAUCGGAUCGUCAUGAGCGCAGAGAAAGGCCCUACUAA